AUGUCGGCAUUACUUUUUAAUGCAUGUCAAAAAGGCAAUAGUGAUUAUGUAAAAUCUUUAAUUGAUUCCAAAUAUGAUAUUAAUCAAUUAGAUGAACAAGGUCGAUCAGCACUUCAUUAUUGUUCGGAGAAUACGGAUAUAAAUUGUGCUUGUCUUCUAUUAAAAGAUGAUGCAAUAAAAACGAAUAUUCUUAAUUUACGAGAUAAUGAAGGUUGUUCAGCCCUUCAUUUAGCUUGUAUGAAUGGUAAUGAAACUAUGGUAAAAUUUUUAUGUGAACAAGGUGCAAAUGUUGAAUUGGUUGAUAAUGAAUCACAUUCAUUAAUUCAUUGGAUAACAGUUUGUGGACAUCUUCAUCUAUUUGAUAUUCUUCUUCAAUAUAAAGCACCUAUACAUACAGCUGAUAUUCAUAAUGCUUUUCCUAUUCAUUAUGCAUCACAAUUAUGUAGUGUACCAACGAAUGAAGAUUUACGAAUUGAUUCCGUAAAGGGUCUGGCUAUUUUACAAAAGUUUAUUGAUCAUAAAGUGAAUAUUGAUUGUACUGAUGGACAAAUACGAACACCGUUCAUGUGGGCUGCUAGUGCAGGUGCUAUUGAUGCAAUACGUUUACUAUAUAAAUACGGUGCCAAUCAAUUACAUAUUGAUAAAGAUUCUCUAUCUGCUUUACAUUGUGCAGCAACUCGUGGUCAUGCAUUUUGUAUUCGAAUGCUAGUAGAACAAUGUGGAUGUCCUAUUGAAGGAGAAGAUCUCAAUGGUUGUACUGCUUUAUUUUAUGCUAUUACAUUAGAUCAUCCAGAUGUUUGUCAAGUCUUACUUAAAUUAAAAGCCGAUCCUAAUCAUAAAGAUAAUCGUGGUCGAACACCAAGUCAUUGUGCUAUAUCAAAAGGAAAUUUGAUUUGUUUAAAAUAUUUAAUAGAAUCUCAUGCAAAUAUUUGGAUAAAAAAUAAACGUGGAGAUUAUCCAAUACAUGAAGCAAUAAAUUCUCUAUCAGUCAAUAAAGUUCGUAAUCAAACAGAUGAAUCUUUACAAGUUUAUAAUAUUAUUCGAUAUAUUUUUAAAUUAUAUCCAUAUAGGAUUAGUAUUCAAAAUGAUGAACAUCGAACUCCUCUUCAUUUAGCAGCUAGUCUAGGAGAUAUUGAUACAUGCGAAGUUUUAAUUGAAUGUGGAGCUAAAAUUAAUUCAUUUAUGCGAACAUCUGCUGGUAAUUAUUUAACACCAUAUGAUCUUGCUCGUAUACGUUGUCAAGAAGCAUGCAUGAAGUAUCUUAUUCAUAAGCAUGGUGGUCAACGUGGAAAUUUACUUGCUAAUAUAUAUGCUCGACGUAUUCAAAAAUAUUAUCGUCAAUAUAAAUUACGAAAGAAUUCGUUGGUUAUUCAUCGGGAAAAAUCUACUCCGAAAAUAAUAAAUAAUUUAUCGAAGCCAUCGACGAAUAUAUUAACAAAGCCGAAAAAUGUUUUAUUGAAACAAGCACAAUUAUGUUUAGAUAAUAAAAAAUAUGAUGAUCUUAAAAAAACUCGUUCAUUAAAUUUCCAACCAUUGACGAAAAAUAGUCUUGUAUUAGAUGAAAUCAAUGCUCAAGAUCGUCGUCGUGUUUUUGCUAAAUCAAAAACCACAAUUACACCACUAACUCAUAGUGAUGAAGCAAAAUUGGAUCCAACGAAUAAAAUUAUUAUACAUACAUCAAAUUCAAUUUCAACUUCAAAUAAAUUAUAUGAACGACGUAAAUUACUUGCAGAAGAAUUACAUAAAUUAAAACAAGCACGACUUCAUCAUCAUUAUAUAGUUAUCAAUCGACCAUUAUAUAAGAUUUUAAUUGAAAAUGCUUUUAAUCCACAAAAUCGACGUGCUGAUGAAAUUGAAAAAUAUCUUGAAACAUUACUUAAAGCUUAUGAUACGGAAUUAGAAGCGAUAAGAAAACGCACUAGAAGUGUACCUCCGAAACUAAAUCGUCGUACUUCUCAGCUGUUAUAA